UUAUUUCAAAUUCUAUUUUCUUUUGAAGUUCGCAUGUUUUGCUCGUGAAACUUCAAUUUCGUGUUUGUUCUUUUAUUGUGUGCAAAGGUUGUACCGGAAUUCGCCAAAAUGCUUGAUAUAAGACCCAAUAAUACUAUUUAUAUCAACAACUUAAAUGAAAAAAUAAAAAAAGAAGAAUUAAAAAGAUCACUUUAUAAUAUAAUGUCCCAGUUUGGGGAGAUUUUAGAUGUUGUGGCACUGAAAACUAUGAAAAUGAGAGGCCAGGCAUUCAUAGCUUUUCAAGAUAUUAAUAGUGCUACAAAUGCUUUGAGAUGCAUGCAAGGUUUUCCAUUUUAUGACAAGCCAUUGAGGAUCCAGUAUGCGAAAACAGAUUCCCAUGCUAUUGCAAAACAAAAAGGUACAUAUGUAGAUCGCACUGUUCAAGGAAAACAAGUUCCUGAACCUGCCGAAUUGAAGAAAACCAAAAAGAAAUCUUCAAAAGAUAAGACGAGUCAGUCUUCUAUCCAAGGCAAUCUAUUAUCAGGAAUAGCAUCUGGAUCUAUGCUGCAAAAUUUAGUGUCCAAUGCUCUUUCAUCACCUGCAUCUUACACAUCAGCAUCCCAAUCCAGUGCUCGACAAGUGGAUCAACCACCAAAUCAAAUUCUUUUCCUUACUAAUUUGCCAGCUGAAACAAAUGAAAUGAUGUUAUCUAUGUUGUUCAACCAAUUCCCUGGAUUUAAAGAAGUACGUCUUGUACCUGGUCGGCAUGAUAUUGCCUUUGUAGAAUUUGAAAAUGAAGUUCUUAGUGCAGCUGCAAAGGAUGCACUUCAGGGUUUCAAAAUUACACCUACAAAUGCUAUGAAGAUUACUUUUGCCAAGAAAUAAUUUUUGUUAUUACCAGCAGUUCAUAAAAUUCAUUUUUCAUACAAGGACAAGCUUUCAUUUUUUUUUUUUUUUCUCUCAUUGAAUUUGAUCAUUUGAAAGCAUAUAAAGCUGUAUGUAUUCUUUUCCUUUUGUAAAACACUGUUUAUUUUUUGUUUAUUUUAAAUUUCUUUUAAAAUUAUUAUUUUCUUUUCAUAUUUCAUCUCUCAAACUGAAAACUUGAAUGCUGUGUAAUUUUUCUUUAGUUCUUGUUUACUUUCUUUCUAAAAACAAAGAUAAUAAAGAUAUUGUUAUAUG